AUGACUGUAAGCCACUUAUACAGUCUUAUAACCAUGGAGAAGAGUUCCUUGUCCGAAUGCAAACACUCUUCUUCUUCUUUACCGUUGUUUGGUCUGUUCGAUUUCUUCCUCAUCAAUUUUUUCAGAUGGGUUUCUUUCGCUCAGAUCUUUUUUUCCAGAUUUUGGCCUCUUCUUCAGCACCAGCCCCAAUGUGUUUCCGAGAAGAAGAGCAAAGAUCUCGAGGUCCAGAGUUCGAUCAAACACGAUGAUGAUGAUGUUGAGCUCUGUAGUGAUGAUGCAGAGAUGGUGAUGAAAAGUUUAGGACUUUUAACCGACCCAGAAUUAGAAAGCGAGGGACUUAAAAAAAGGUACAGUUCCGAGGAGCUUUCGAAUCUGUUCGAAGAGAAAGAGCCAAGCUUGGAGGAAGUGAAGCAAGCGUUCGAUGUCUUUGAUGAAAACAGAGAUGGGUUUAUCGAUCCAAUAGAUUUGCAGAGAGUUUUGACAAUCCUUGGCUUAAAGCAAGGAUCUAACCUUGAGAAUUGCAGGAGAAUGAUCAGAUCAUUCGACGGAAAUAAAGACGGAAGAAUCGAUUUCCAUGGAUUUGUGAAGUUCAUGGAGAACAACUUCUGCUGA